UUAAAUGACAACACACAACUUUAUUCUUAGAAAAAGUCAUUAAAGAACAAUCAAUGUGUGCCUGUUGAUUUAACAAAGUAACUAAAUUGUUUAUUGUAAUUACUCAAGACCAGAAAACAGUGUUUUGUUCCAUUGUAUCAUUUUCAGAAGUUAGUUGAAUGUUAUCAGUGAAUGUUAAAAUUCAUUAGAAAAACAAUGAUCUCGGUUUCAGGUAGUUCGGUUGUGAUUCAUCUGUUAGUUCAAAUAUUGGUGGGAUUGUGGGGGUUUAAUACUGCUUAUGUAGUUUAAAAAGUUAUUUCUGGUUUUAGAAGAUCUGUUUAGUUUUAUUCAGAUCUUUGGAAUAAGAAGUCAGUGCCUGUUCCGGGUUUCAGAAAAUGCCUCAAAAACCCAUUUGGUCUCCUUGGAUACGUUGCUUGAAAUAAAACCUUAAUACUUGAAGAUUAGAAAAGUUUUUAGAUAUAUAUUUCUGUUUAUAUAACUUAGAUAUUUUAGAUCUGCAUUUCUCCUGUAUUAUUACUAAAUAGUUUAGUUUAUAUUUUUAUUAUUGUUCACUUUUAUUUUAAUGCUGUGUUGGUCCCUUGCUUAUUUGGAGCUGUAACAGAUUUUCACGCUGAUUAUGUUUUCAGAAAGAGUCAGCAAUAUUAAUAGUGGUGUGGUGAUUGGAAAACUUAUUAUUUUAGUUUGAGAGAAUUACUUUUGGGGAAUUCAUUUUGUUGAUGUUCUUUGUCUCCAUGGAGAGAGUAAUAUUGACAGAAUUCAAAUUCAAAAAUACUUUAUUAAUCCCAAAGGGAUUGCUGGGUUGUGUGCAGCCAUGAUUGUCAGACUGAUGUAAUGAAUUUCAUAACACUACCUGCAGCCAUAACUGAGCCAUUUGGAGUAAUAUUAACAUGUGAUAAUAAGACUUUGAGGCAUAGUGCACACAUAAAGGAUGCAGAUUAUUAUUUGAAUUAUUUUGUCUGGCUUCAUCUCCAGACAAAAUAUAAUGGCCGUUUUAACACUGCAUAUGGAUUUCUAAACCAGAUAAGCAGUUUUAUUUUUGUAGGAGCUGCUUUUUACUGGAAACGGAGGAAAGGCCACUUGUGUCGGCCUGUUUAUUUAGAUUCCCAGUCUUUAGACUCAGAUUUUUUACAGAUGUACAUUUCUGCUGUUGGCUAUAUGUAGGAGUAUAUGGGUAUUUAUUCAUACUGUAGGAUUUACUGACGGGGUGUCAGAUUAGCUGUGGAUGUGAUUCUGAAAAUUUGUGGAGCUCAGAGGACUUUAAUUAACUACAGUUAACAUUUUAGUAAUUUAAAAAUUCUAAUGGAAACAUAUUAAUUAUUUUUCAAUUCUUUUAUAGCUUUAAAGUUAUGUAAGCAGUAAUUUAAGUUUAAUAGUAAUGAAUGGCUCAUGUAUCUUGUUUUGGCUAUUAAGGUAAAACGUAUCUGUUCAGCAGCAUCAAAGAUUUGUGAGAGUUAUAGGAGGGUAAACUGAGUAACUUGUAACAGUGUUUUAUUUUAUUCACACUGAUGGUACAAUGUAAGAUUAAAGGUAUUUUAAAAGCUAUUAAAAAGUUCUCAACACAGCACAUACUUCUUUAAUUUAUAUUUAGACAUUCUCAAACCUGGGUUAGUGUAUUUUGGUAUUUCAGUGUUCUCUUUAAACAUUGCUUUGGAUUUUUGUGAAGGUCUUGAUGCUAAAUUAUAGUUUUUUCUUGUUUUCCUUCACAGCUCAUUGUGUAGCUCUUCCAGAAGACGGAUCCCCAACGUUGGAGGAACAUCUAGCCGAUGGUAAGGACAUUGGUAAGGUGGGGUCAAAUGUUUUCCAAGAAACCAUAUCAGACAACAUGGUUUCUGGAGAUCAUGGAGAGGUGCCGAGGUGUAGUUCACCUCCGCAGUCUGUUGACUGUAGUACCAGCUCCAGUGUUAGCUCCAGUCAAGAUGACUGGGCUAGCAGUUUCAGUGGUAGCUGUAUUAGCAGCUCCAGUGGUAGCUCCAGUCUAAAUGACUGGGCUAGCAGCUCCAGUUGUAGCUCUGUUACCAGCUACAGUAAAGAUGAGGUAGGUAGUGAUUGGACUACCAGUUACGGAAGUAUCAGUACUACCAGCUGCAGUCCAACGGUGGACCGUCCUUACGCUGAGCUUGAGAUGACUCAGAAGUUUCAAGAGGACAUUUUUCACUUGACCUCACUUGAAGAGCCCAUUUUGAGUCCAGAUGAUUCCAGACCUUUUGGUGUCUUGCAACGUCAUCAGGUAGGUUUGGUAGGGGAUGCGACUCGUAUGACAUCGGUGACCGGCAAAAACGGAAAGAGGACAAUGGACAGUGACUCUGAGGAGGAGCCCCCUGCCAAAAGGACAAGGGACAGUGAUGCUGAAGAGGAGCCCUCUGCCAAGAGGACUAGGGACAGUGAUGAUGUUGAAGAGGCGCCCCCAGCCAAGAGGACAAGGGUCAGUGUUUCUGAAGAGGAGCCCUCUGCCAAGAGGACUAGGGACAGUGAUGAUGUUGAAGAGGCGCCCCCAGCCAAGAGGACAAGGGUCAGUGUUUCUGAAGAGGAGCCCUCUGCCAAGAGGACUAGGGACAGUGAUGAUGUUGAAGAGGCGCCCCCAGCCAAGAGGACAAGGGACAGUGUUUCUGAAGUGGAGCCCUCUGCCAAAAGCACCGGGGAGCAUCAACCUAGAGAUGAGCUCCCGUCCAAGAGGACCAGGGACAGUGGUGCUGAAGAGGAGAUCCCUCCCAAGAUUUCCCGGAACAGCGAUCAUGAAGAGGAACCUGUUCUCAGUCCCUCCACAAAUGUGUUGUGUGAGGAUUCUUUUCAGUCAUCCCCUGACCGCAGUCCCUCGCCCAUGUCAUUGUGGGGGGAUCACCUCUUUUCACCCUUUGGUCUUUCACCUAUGAGUGCAAGUGAGGAUCCCAUUCUGUCCUCCCCUGUCUUCAGUCCCUCGCCAAGAUUACCAUGUGAAGGUCCCAUUGUGUCUGUUUAUGCCAUCAGUCCCCCAAUCAGUGAAGAUCCUAUUUUGUCAUCCCCCGUCCUCAGUCGUCCACCAAGCACAGCUUGUGAGGAUCCCAUUGCGUCUUCCCCUGUCGUGAGUACUUCCCCAGCAACAUACUGCAAAAUUCCAAGUGCGACAUUCCCUUGUUUUUGUGUCUGGAUGAAGUCUCAAAUGGACAGAGAAGAGGAACCAAUACCCUCAACAUCUGGAAUUGGAUCUGACGGAAUUAGAGGAAGAGAGAGUCCCAGACAAGUGUGGUUUAGACCUCACUACGACUUGUCAAGUGAUGACUCUGAUUAGAUUGGGAUCUUGAAAAACUAAGACCUACCAGAGAAGACCCAUUAGGAUACUGGAAUUUCUAUGUUGUUUUUGUUAAAGCCAAUGGCUUUCUAGCAGGACCGAGGAUCCCUUAGGUAGCGUCUUGCACCGGGGCUUUUCUUUAUCCCGCUGCUAGAUAUUUUAUUUUAGAUGUUAAGGAUUCUAGCAGGACCGAGGAUGCCUUAGGUAGCGUCUUGCACCAGGGCUUUUCUUUAUCCCACUGCUAGAUGUUUCAUUCUAGAUAUUAAGGUUUCUGGUAGAACAGGCAAUGCUGACUUUUUUGCUGUUAAUGAAUGUAUGACUAAAUGCUGGAGGAUGCUAAUUUAAAUUUCUGAGGAACAAGACCAUACUGGGAAACAAAAAACACUAAAAGUAGUCGGACAUGGAUGGUGCAUAAAAGAUAAACGCUAAAAGGAAUAAGACAACGCUACAGGAUUAAUAUUAAAAUAAAACAAUCUUGCUGGGUAAAAAUCAAACCUCAAAACUAUUAAGGCAAUGCGGCUCAGGACACUGGAAUCAAUACAAUUGAGACAACACUGCUGCAAAUUAAACUCUAAAAUUUAAACAAUAUUUAUGACAGUUCUAAUUUUUAAGACAUAAAAAAUACAAAUGGAGACACAUUAUAAUCGGUUGAGCUCUGGUGUAAACGGAUUGAAACAGCGGUUUUAAAGUUACAAUCAUUCUGGUCUGGACUUUAUAAAAACCACAGGAAAUGAAACGUUUUAAAGUAUGAAAUAACAACGGCAGCGACAGUAAAAACGGGAGUUAAUUCAAACGUUCAAAGAUGAAAGAGGAAGAGAGAAAUAGGCAGGACCUUUGGACCCGGAUAUGAACUGUUGAUCCACGGAUCAAUCAUUUGGUGGCUGGAUUCCAAAACCCUCAACACCACAUGUUAAAAUGAGCAAGACAUUUAAACUCAGGUGAUAAUAAUGGUUUUAAAAGUAGGUAAUGCUGCUGGGUGUCAAACCUAAAAUCUCUUAAGACUGAGAAGAGACAACGCUUUUCUGGACAAAUUCAUUUCUCUAAGGAUGGAGACAACGCUUCUCAAGUAGUGAGAAAUAUUCAUCUUUUAGGACUAAUAUGAUGUCACGGUGGACAAAUUAAAAUGUAGAAGAAUUUAAACGUCCCGCAGAGAACAAAUUAAAAUCUUUAAGGAUAAAAGAAAAAGACAGGAAUAAAUGCCAAGUUUCAGGGUGUAAUAGCGGUGCUUCCCCACACGGUGCUUCUAAUAUAGUCAAUUGUUCUCACCUGGUCCUUCAUUAAUCCAGUCUCCCAGUUUGAAUCUUUCAGGUUCAUCGUUGGAUUCUUUCGUGGUUCUCCAUGUGGACAUUAAAAAAUACAGACAUUAGUCUCUGAUCCAAGGUCCAGACGUGUCAGAUCUCUGAUGUUCUGAUCA